ACCUGUGUGCCGUUCCCGGAAAUCGGUGAACCGAAGGCGAAACAAAACUAAGAAUGGCAAGGUGAGCUUGGGGUUCCUGUGGCCUUACAGGCAAGCGGCCUUACAGCCGAACAUGUCCAUUUGAGACGGGGGAAGGGGACAAUGUACAAGUAUGUUAAGGUCUUGGUAAAGAUGGCUCAAAGAGACUUUUUUACUAGGGAAAUUUUCAUCCCUGAGCACGCCAUGGGUAUGGUUAUUGGUAAAAAGGGUAGGAUGUUAGAAGAAAUAAAGCACAAAACAAGAGUCAGACCCAUUAUUGAUAAAAGUAGGCAUGGUUGCAUAAUUCUUCAAGGUUCAAGAACUGAUGUUCAGAAAGCAAAACGCAUGAUUGAAGACAUAGUAGAAUCUAUCCAGCAGCCUGAGGUUAUUCCAUUGGGAGCAAAGACUAGUAGGGUCAUUGGGGAAGGAGGAAGAAGUAUAAAUUCAAUACGCAGCCAAUCUGGAGCAAGAAUACAAAUAAAAGAAGACAAAGCUUAUAUAAGGGGAACCCAAGAACAGAAGAGCAAAGCGAAGGAUCUUAUUAAUAAAUUACUAACUUCAGUUAGUAGUGGCACAUGUGUUUUUAUUCCAGAACAUCUUGCUAGACAUGUAAUUGGGAAACAUGGACAAAGGAUUAAGGACUUAAAGCAAAAAACGAAAACAGAUAUGUAUUACAAUAAGGAAAAUAUCCUUUGUAUCAACGGUGUGACCACUGCACAGGAACAUCAUGCGCGACGAAAAGUAAAAUCUAUAAUGCUACAAUCUCAUGGGACAUAUAUGAAUGAAAAAUAUUGUGUUGUUGAUGGAAGUAAAGAAAGUGAGUUUGAGCUUGAGUCAGUGGCUACACCUUUCCCAGGAUGGAGCGGAGCAUUCUACAAAGUAGUUUUACCUGAUGAUGAUAUGUCUUCUAGUAAUGAAAUGAAUGAAUUACCAGAGCAUCUUAACAACCUUGUACUUAGCAGACUUGAACUUUUGCACCCUUCAAAGGAUGAGUUUGAAAUCGACAUGUGGUCCCAUUUCGGACAUGCCUAUAUCAAGGGUAUUGAUGAAGGAGAUGACCAUGAGCAUUACAAUUUGAAACAGCUGCAGUCAAACAUACUUCAAGGCUCCCAACAUUCAGCAGAUAAGGGCACAUGGAAGGUAGAUUUCGCAGAAGGCCUCACCGAUGAACAGGUUGAGCAGCUCAUUGGAAAUUUCAAGGAUGAAACAACAUGCAAACCUGCCAACAUCCGAUAUGACUUCUCAUUCUUCACACCAUCGAAUCGUGAGAAUGGUUGCAGACGGAUACGAAUGAUGGUAAUACAAAUUAUGGACAAUAAAGACCAUCUUCUUGGAGCAUUCAUCAAAGAAGAGGGCGAUUUCUUUAAAGAGUCUCCUGUUCAGAUGGAAGGAGUCCUUAGACACGAGAGACUCAAUGACAACGUCAACAUUUACUUGUGCAAGCCUCCUACCGAUGAACUCAAAUUGACUAUUAUGAUGCCUUCACGCCUGUUUGACUUCCGACUGACUCUCAGAAAAAAUUCAAAAAUUCUGCGAAGCCAAAGAACUAGCUCUGAGCUGGAGGAGGAGAAUGUCUUGUUGGAAUAUCUGCGGGAAGCUCUGGUGCUAAGUGAGGGGCAGCUUCAGCUAUCACCAGAUGUACCCCUUCCAGAACGCUUUGAUCUAGACUAUUUCCGCCGAUGUAAACGUUUUGAGUACUCAUAUAAUAUAGGAAAAGAUACGUUUACACUGAUGUUUUCUAAAGAGGAGGCAGUGAAACUUGAAGAAUCCAAUUCAAGCGAUAUCCCAAGUCGUAAAAAGACGGAUAUACAUCUCCACUGUGAUGACUGGUAUAGGAGGCUCUUUGAGGGGGACUGGGAACCAAAACAAAUAAUCGAGAAGUUCACUAGUUAUAUGACGUUUGUCAGGCAAGUGCAGAAAAACAUCGACCCAGAAGAAGAGUAAUUAAACCACAUCACCAUUGACCCAGAAGAAGAGUUAAAUUAACCCACAUCACCGUUGACCCAGAAGAAGAGUCGAAUUAACCCACAUCACCAUUGAUCCAGAAGAAGAGUUAAAUUAACCCACAUCACCAUUGACCCAGAAGAAGAGUUAAAUUAACCCACGACACCAUUGACCCAAAAGAAGAGUUAAAUUAACCCACAUCACCAUUGACCCAGAAGAAGAGUUAAAUUAACCCACAUCACCAUUGACCCAGAAGAAGAGUUAAAUUAACCCACAUCACCAUUGACCCAGAAGAAGAGUUAAAUUAACCCACAUCACCAUUGACCCAGAAGAAGAGUUAAAUUAACCCACACCACCAUUGACCCAGAAGAAGAGUUAAAUUAACCCACAACACCAUUGACCCAGAAGAAGAGUUAAAUUAACCCACAUCACCAUUGACCCAGACGAAGAGUUAAAUUAACCCACAUUACCAUUGACCCAGACGAAGAGUUAAAUUAACCCACAUCACCAUUGACCCAGAAGAAGAGUUAAAUUAAACCACAUCACCAUUGACCCAGAAGAAGAGUUAAAUUAACCCACACCACCAUUGACCCAGAAGAAGAGUUAAAUUAAACCACAUCACCAUUGACCCAGAAGAAGAGUUAACCAAGAAGAAAAGUUAACUUAACCAACAUCACCACGAACCCAGAAGAAGAGUUAGCCUAACGAACAUCACCAUAUGGACCCAGAAGAAGUGUUACUUAACCAACUUCACCAUUGACCCAGAAGAAGAGUUAACUUAAACAACACCACUAUGGACCCAGAAGAAGAGUUAACUUAACAUCACCGAUGACCCAGAAGAAAAGUUAACUUAACCAACAUCACUAUGGACCCAGGAGAAGAGUUAGCCUAACCAACAUCACCGAUGACCCAGAAGAAGAGUUAACUUAUCCAACACCACUAUGGACCCAGAAGAAGAGUUAACUUAACCAACAUCACUUUGGACGCAGAAGAAGAGUUAACUUAACCAACAUCACCAUUGAUCCAGAAGAAGAGUUAACUUAACCAACAUCACUAUGGACCCAGAAGAAGUGUAAACUUAACCCACAUCACCAUUGACCAAGAAGAAGAGUUAACUUAACCAACACCACUAUGGACCCAGAAGAAGAGUUAACAAACAUCACCAUUCACCCAGAAGAAGAGUUAACUUUACCAAACAUGACCAUUUACACAGAAGAAAAGUUUACUUAACCAACAUCACCAUGGACCCUGAGAAGAGUUAGCCAAACCAACAUUUACCAUUGACCCAGAAGAAGAGUUAACCAAACCAACAUAACCACUAGAAAGACUACAGACAAGCUACAGAAAAACUAGAUAGUCAACAUCACAUGGACCGAAAAGAGUUAACCCAGCCAACAUCACCAUGGUAUAGCUAGAGGAAUUGCUUGACCUUUCAGAGCCGUAGCAGGCCUCGAAAUAUUGGGGGGGGGACGGUACAGAAUCAUCAAGAAAGUUGUGGGGCGCAGCCCCCCUACUGGUCAUUUCCUUAUUAUUUUUUAACAUAUUUGGGAGGGAGGGGAGGCACGUGCAAAUGCACUACCCCCUGCUAUGGCCCUGCCUUUUGACCCGAGAUAAGUGAGAGUAAAGUUUUGACCACCAACUCUGGUCUUGUUCGGAUUAAUCAAUUUGAUAGCAGGAAGCUAAAUCCGAUCUCGUCGGGUUUACUCCAAGCAGAACUCAAACCCUGCAGUUAGUAAAAAUGUAAGUCGUAACAAGUGUAAAAAAUGUCCGGAAUGCUGUCAAUUAUCACGCGGGAAAAUAUCGCAGGUUGUCGGGGCUACGCUACUGCUUGCCACGCGGGAAAUUAUUGCUUGGAGUCUGGGCUACGCUACUGCUUGCCACGCGGGAAAAUAUCGCAGGUUGUCGGGACUACGCUACUACUUGCCACGCGGGAAAUUAAUACUAGGUGAUGGGUUUCGCUAUUUUAAUAACUUAUGCAUUUUAGUCAAUUUACCGCCAACUUAUGCCGAGAGUUAAUGAUGCGUUUUGUUUAGUUAUGAGUCAACGGGAAUUGGCCCCUCCCCAAUCGUAGGCGGGUCCAUAUUGUUUUCAAGAUACUCGUGAAUCGUAAAUCGAGCGCCUAUUCCCGUUCCGUAUUUAUCAACCACCGGUAAAAAGUUAGUUCUGACUUCGGGAGCAGGUAACUCUAGGUAUCGUCUAGGUCUAGUGAAAUUCUGGAAUAGCCAGGUUUAGUAUUAAGGAAGCAAGUGCAAAAUUGGAAUGUUGUCAAUUAUUGUGGUCACGCAUGAAGAUUGUCAUGCGCACUAGCACAGCAAGUAUGUAGUGCGUUACCUCCGAAGUCAACAAUAAUCGUAUAAUCAUUAUGUAGGUCACGGCAAGUCCAAGGGUAACCCACUGGCAUGCCUGCGUUGGAAGGUCGUCCUUCCAACACCCAUUGGUUGAGAACCUUAUCCAAACGAAACUAAACGCUUUUCGGGUUGUCAGUGAAGGUCUCGUGUUUGGACUUGCCGUCAUUAGAGAGCAUACAAAAGGGGUGCGGUGCGGUAAGAUACCCCAGGAUCAUCUUUAAAAUUUACUUGUACACUGUGUAAAGUAGCGAUUGUAACAGCGAUCAAGUUACCCGGUACCGUCCCCACA